UGGUGAAUAACACAGAUUGGUAUUAGGGUUCUUUUCAAGAUUUGGUUUUGAGUUGCAGGUCCAUCAUGGCUAGAGCUUUAGUUCAGUCAAUAAACAUUCCAUCUUCAGUUGCUGUUGCUGGUGAAAGGGAUGGACAAUUCAAUGGAUCCCGGAAAAAUCAAACAAGUGUUAGAAUGAUAUGUGAUGUAAAAUUUCCUUCCUUAAAGCUGAAGAGUUUUGUAGGACUGCGAGGGUGCAAUGUAUUAGAUGCAAAAUCUGGAGAAACUCUCCAUUCAAAAGUGGCAGCUGCAACUUUUGUCAAUCAGCCACGAGGGUGUCGAAUUGUCCCAAAAGCAAUGUCUGAUGAGCAGCGCAACACCAAGAAAGCAGUAAAAGUCAUUAUGCUUGCACAAGAAGAGGCCAGACGACUAGGUCACAAUUUAAUUGGGACAGAACAAAUUCUGUUGGGUCUUAUUGGUGAGGGAACUGGUACUGCUGCUAAGGUUCUUAAAUCCAUGGGAAUUAAUUUGAGAGAUGCUCGUAUUGAAGUAGAGAAGAUUACUGGCAAGGGUAGUGGAUUCGUUGCAGUGGAAAUCCCUUUUACUCGUCAUGCAAAGCGUGUUCUUGAACUCUCUCGAGAGGAAGCCCGCCAGCUAGGGCAUAAUUAUGUUGACUCAGAACACUUGCUACUUGGAUUGUUGCGCGGUGGUAAAGGUGUGGCUGCUUGUGUUCUUGAAAACUUGGGUGCUGACCCCCCCAAUAACAUUUACAAACAGGUCUUACGGAUGGUUGGCAAGAGUAAUGUGGCUGUUGGUGCUAGUGUUGGAGGUGGAACUCCAGGCCCAAAUAUCUUUUUUCUGAUAUUGAAGAAGAUAAUUAGAGUGUUAAUCUUGAUGUAG